AGGGUUUUUUUUUUAUCCUCACCUUGCUGAUCUCCGUCGUGAAUUCGUCUCCGAUUCUCUCCUGGUAUUUUGUGGCCUAAAGCUCAUAAGUUUAUGCUGGUGCAACAAGUUAAAUAGGAAUGACGUAUUAGAUUUGUAAUGAUGGAUGUGGGGUUCUCUCUUAUUCAGUGGUUGAUCAGUUCUGGUGCUGACAGUCCUUUUAUAUUUGGAUGGCUUGUUACUGGAUCUGUUGGGCUUCUCGCUGUUAUCUACACAUUUCUUAGAUGGCAGAAAAAAACUUCUUUAAAUUGGGUUAAAGCUGCUGCUAGAGAGAAGAAGAAGGUUUGGAAAAGACUGAGAGUUCCACUUUCUCAUCAUCAAUGGACUGAUGAUUAUGGUUAUGGGCCGCAGCCAUCCACUUGCUGUGUUUGUCUCUACUCCCUUGUUCCAGGUCAAAAUGUUUCUACUAAAGCAGCUCUGAGUAUUCCCGUCCACCGGUGUGCUGUAUGCGGUGUAGCAGCUCACUUUUAUUGCUCAGGCUCUGCUGCAAAAGACUGCAAAUGUGUUGCGCAGGCUGGAUCUGACCAUGUCCGACAUCACUGGUCUGAGCGAUGGGUUAACAUGGAUGAUAACGCUGACAUGACUGCCUUUUGCUUCUACUGUGAUGAACCGUGUGGUAUUCCUUUCAUUGAAGCUUCUCCAAUGUGGCACUGUCUUUGGUGCCAGCGCCUCAUACAUGUAAAAUGCCACAUGAUUAUGUCCAAGGAAUCUGGUGACGCUUGUGAUCUUGGCUCUCUCAGAAGAGUAAUCCUCUCUCCAGUACAUGUAAAACUCAAUGAAGCAAAUGGUGUGGGUGGAGUACUGACUACUAUUAAAAACGAGUUAGCAUCUAUACGAGGGCAUGUGAGAAGAAAGCGUCAUAGGGGAAAAAAUGGGAAUGGCCAGUCACUAAAUGGUAAGCUGUUGGAGGAUUCAGCCAGCAAUCCAGUAAAAACCGUAGUAAAUGGGCUUGUAGUGAAAAAGAUACGCAGAGAUAGGAGCAUAGAUUGCUUACAGAAAGUCUCGGACCUGCCUAAUGCUAACGGAUUGCAAAAUGGUAUAGGCGGCCACAAACGAAAUAAAAGUGCCGCUUUUAAUUUUAUGAAGAAGUUUUCCUUGGUUGAUUUGCCCCCAGAUGCAAGACCGCUUUUGGUCUUUAUCAAUGCCAAAAGCGGAGGGCAACUUGGUCCUUUUCUUCACAGGAGACUUAACAUGCUGUUGAAUCCAGUACAGGUCUUUGAACUUGGCUCUUGUCAAGGGCCAGACGCUGGUUUAGACCUAUGUAGCAAAGUGAAGUAUUUUAGAGUUUUGGUAUGUGGGGGAGAUGGAACAGUUGCAUGGGUGCUUGAUGCCAUUGAGAAGCGCAAUUUUGAAUCCCCUCCACCUGUCGCUAUUCUUCCUUUAGGCACAGGAAAUGAUUUAUCUAGAGUUUUGCAGUGGGGAAGAGGUAUUUCAGUAGUUGAUGGACAAGGAAGUCUAAGAACGUUUUUGCAAGACAUUGAUCAUGCUGCAGUUACAAUGUUGGAUCGAUGGAGUGUUAAAAUUGUAGAAGAGAGUACAGAAAAGUUUCCAGCAAGAGAAGGCCACAAGUUUAUGAUGAAUUACUUAGGUAUUGGCUGCGACGCCAAAGUUGCAUAUGAAUUUCAUAUGAUGCGGCAAGAAAAUCCUGAAAAGUUUUGUAGUCAGUUUGUAAAUAAAUUACGAUAUGCUAAAGAAGGUGCGAGGGAUAUAAUGGAUCGAGCAUGUGCCGAUUUACCAUGGCAAGUUUGGCUUGAAGUUGAUGGAAAAGACAUUGAAAUUCCCAAGGAUUCAGAGGGUCUAAUAGUACUUAAUAUUGGAAGCUAUAUGGGUGGAGUAGAUCUUUGGCAAAAUGAUUAUGAACACGAUGAUAAUUUUAGCAUUCAGUGUAUGCACGACAAGACACUAGAAGUGGUAUGUGUCCGUGGAGCGUGGCACCUUGGCAAACUACAGGUUGGUCUUUCUCAGGCUAGGAGGCUAGCACAGGGGAAGGUCAUAAGGAUACAUGUUUCUAGUCCUUUCCCUGUUCAAAUAGAUGGAGAACCGUUUAUUCAGCAACCUGGCUGCUUGGAGAUAACUCACCACGGGCAGGUGUUUAUGCUAAGAAGAGCAUCAGAUGAACCACGAGGGCAUGCCGCAGCCAUAAUGAAUGAGGUGUUACUCGAUGCGGAAUGCAAAGGAGUCAUAAAUGCAUCUCAAAAGAAAGUACUUCUACAGCAAAUGGCUCUCCAUCUCUCAUAGAAAAAAACAAAAACAGAUCAUCCUC